UGUAAGUUACUUCUCAUUAGGCAAAUCCCUGUCCCCUUGUUUCACGAGCAUAAAAUGGACACUGACGUGUCCUCGACUCGACUAGCAAAUUUCGAAAUCAUCAACUUUUCCCGCCACAUGAUUGUCUCACUCCCACUCCUCGAUACUCAUCUGAUCAACGCUGAACACUCGUCACAGCUAGUUGUAUCUCGAAAAUCGAUUCCCCUCACAUUCGAGAUCGACACAAAGAUGGCGACUAGUCAAGCCAAUGCUAUAUAUCGAGGGAAUAACUGCGGGUCUACGGGACGCGGCGCUUGCGCUCGGGCCAGCGAACCCAGUCGAAUGUAUCCCUAUAGCUCGUUAUCGCGCCCCUAGACGUCAACUUGUUGCUUCGUUCCCCUCUCGAGUUCGUCAGCGCGCUUUUAAACGAACGGCCGAUCGCUCGUCUUUUUCCCUUCGCGAGCAAUCGACCAUUUGUCGGGGAUACGAGGGUGGCUUCGGGCUUUUCCCGUGAAUUUUACGUUACGCUCCCACGGCGAUAUCGGGGUGCUGAUAAUCGCUAAGCAGCAAAUGUUCAACUGUCUCGACGGAGUUAUCCGGUACUCGCACCAGUGUGACAGGAUGCAGCAGCAGCAACAGCAGCAGCAUCACAGUAGGCGCAAGAAAAAGCGCGUGAACUACGGAACGCGGAUGGUGGAGUUGAACCGGGGCGGCAAGGGCUUCGGCUUCACCAUAUCCGGGCAGCAGCCCUGUAUCCUCAGCUGCAUCGUACCCGGGAGUCCAGCGGAGCUCGCGGGUCUGCGCUCCGGGGACUAUCUCGUGUCUGUUAACGGACGCAGAGUCGGCAAGGCACCCCACGACGACGUCGUCAGGUUCAUCGGGCGCUCGAAUGGCCUAUUAAGGCUGAGGAUCGCAGAGAAUUACUACAGCGACUCGAGCGACGAGGACGAGACCGAAGUGAAGAUACGCUCGAGGCCAAGAUACAGAUCGAGAUCCAGCAACGCAUCGGGUAGCUCCGGACUCUCUACAUCUCUUUAUCCGCAGUGCCGAGUAGCCAAAGUUGUGAGGGAUUUGCAGAGCGGUGCAAUGUUUGACGCCAGCGCCGCCAGGUUAUCGAUUCUAUCCAACUCCCACAGGUGGAACAUGUCGAGUCCAUUGCCACCUCCGCCCCCGCCAUCCUCGAGAAAGCGCGACUCUGAGAAAAUCGUUCACAGAGCAGUGCUCGGUUACCUCGGUACCAUCGACAUUCCCAAUCACUUGCGGUCCCUGUCGAUGGCGUCCCUAGUUAAGAAGUGCAUUAAGAGAAUCAAGGCUGAAAGACGGAAUCCCACUACGGUUUUAUUAACGAUCCACGUGGCGAACAUAAAGUUGGCCAAUACGGAAGGCCGCGUGAUCGCUGAGUAUCCCUCGUACCGGAUAGUUUAUUGCAACUUCUUUUCAAACGAAGAUAAGCUUCAUUUUGGCAUUCUAACUAAAUCAAUUUCCGAUUGCGCCGACGAAACGAGCGAAAAUCAGGAGAACGGCGGCUGCUCGAAUUCCUGCCACGUAUUCAAAAUCUACUCCAAGUUAUCCGAUCACGUGAUACACGCGAGCACUUGUGCGGCAUUUGGCUUUGUUUGCACAAAGGCCAACGAGCUCAACAACCCCUGCCAAGAGUUUCCAGUGAGCUGCGACGGUCUAGUAGGUGCCAUACAGACGCUGUACAUCGCGGACUCGACUGAGGGCGAGGCGAACUUGUUCCAUAAGAGGCGCAGCCAUCGGGAUACUCAACCUUCGCCACAACCAAGCAGCAUAAGCACCUCGACCGCUCACUCGAGUAACAGCGAUUCCGGAAUCGGUUUUAAGGAUGAAUGCGGUUGCCAUUCGGAUCGAAAUCUCAAUGUGGAAUACCUACCAAGAUAUUACGACGGGAGCAUUGUUGUUUCUUCUCUUGGUAGAAAUGGCAAAGAUCAGGGAGAAUCAAAAUUAACAGUUCGAGCACUCUCAGAUCCAAGAUGGAAUGACUUUUCAAGGACCUUGGGGUUUACAAGCAGCAUCAGCGGCUUCAGAGCGUGCGAGCAUCGAGAGCUAUCGGACUACCCCGAGGAAAACAUCCUUGGUGACUGGCAGCAGCUGCGCGAUCGCGGGACCCGCGGCGGUAGCGGCGGGGAGGGGAGCAUCGUCAGCUGUCCCGCGGUGCCAUCUGGCAGGUUCGCCCAGCGCCAAUGCCAGCGCUCGAAGGCUUCGAGCACCUGCGCUCGCUCCUCGCCCCGCUACACCUCCAGCCUCUCCGUGGGGACACUGACGGGGAGGCCUCCGGCCGCCACGAAGGCCAUCUCCAAGUCUGCCGGCAACUUCUUCGGUGUACGGCUCGAGCCCGAGCUGGUACCGGAGCGACUCAGCCCCAAGGUAUACACGAGCAGUAUGAGAGCGGAAAAAGGCUGCAGCAUCGAGAACCUGAAGACGAGUCCGGGCUCGACUAGCCAGAGCGAUCACGGCAACACGACCAAGUCCCUGCCGCACAAUCAUACGGGGAAGGCGAACGAUAAACUGCCGAGGGCUUGGGGCAGUCUACAGGAGAUUCGAAAGGUCGCCGGCUGCGAGCUCGACAACUGCAUACUUGGAAGUACCGAAUCGUGCGAUAAAACAGCGGGUUGCGGAGUCCAUACAUGGGCCCAAAGCUUCGAAAAACUUCUAGAAGAUCCAAAAGGUUUACAAACAUUUGCGAAAUACCUCAGGAAGGAAAUCAGUCACGAAAACAUUUACUUCUGGGCUGCGUGUGAGCGUUAUUCUGACACGGAAGACUUGGCCGAUCGAAAACGAUUAGCAACGCAAAUUUAUCAACGGCAUUUGUCAAAUAAUGCUUCAGAGCCAGUAAAUGUGGACAGUCAUGCAUCUGGUCAAAUUACAUCGGAAUUGUUAAAUACUGCUCCUGCCAAUUUAUUUGUUCAGGCUCAGAAACAAGUCUUCAAUUUAAUGAAAUUUGAUAGUUAUCCUCGCUUUUUGCGAUCGGACAUUUAUCGAAAAUGUUUGGAAACUGGCUAUGACAACGAAGACAUAUCGCCCGAAGAUGGAGAUCUUUUUUUAACAAAUUCACCAAGUAUAAAGCUUAAAAAGAGCCAUUCCGAUGCCGAAGAUCGUUGCAGAAAAUCCAUUCUCCCUUGGCAUAGAAAAAAUAGAUCGAAAUCCAAAGAUCGCGGUGAAUCGGAAUAUAAUAAGACUCCAAAUCGAGGAGAAAAGAUUUACAAAAGUUUCUCGACUAUUCAACGAGACAAUGAAGGAAAUAACGACGAUGACAAUGUUUCCAUUUCCAGUAGUCGUUCAUCGCUUGCAUCGUGGGAUUUAGCAUUAAGGCAAUCUUUUACAAAACAUUCGGCCUCGUCCUGCGAAGGACAGUCGAGCGAGAAGCGAGAGACUCACGUCUCUAAAUGCGCUGGCCUUUGUCGAGUUAUCCUGCCGGACGGCUCGACAACUGUAAUACCAACCAGCCAUUCGGAUAGCGUCCGAGACGUCGUAACGCGCCUACUCGACAAACGCGCCUUGCGGUACUCGAAUUACGACGUUCUUAUGCUUACUACAAACGAGAUUAUAAAUCUCAAGUAUCCGAGUUCAGUAUUAGCUAGCCAAGAGGUAGAAGUUGUACUGACGAAAGUAAUUAAGGUAGAUUUACCUUCACGUCGUGUGAUAAGCGUUGUUGCUCACAAAGGCAAAACAUUAAAAGAAGUUUUAAAGCCACUUUUACAUAAAUAUGGUUUCAAGCUCGAUCUCGUUACGAUCUGGGCCGAUGGACAUCCUGUAUCUAUUGAUAUUCCUGCGAUAAAUUCUCCCUCGAGACUUGCUGUUACUUCAAAUAAUAAAGAAAUAAUCGAUGACGCGGCUUUAUUUAAAACACCAAAUGUACCAAGGGGUCAGCCAACUCUUGAUGAAAUUACAAAUAAAGUCUUUGAAGAACUUCGUGUUGGAAAAAGCAAUAAUAAAUACGAAGGAGAUGAAGGUUCUUCCAAGUCCGAUGAUCAAAAAUCAGAAGGUUCUUCCAAUCUUUCAAGCAAACUCUUUUCAAAAGAUUCUACACUUCACUUUAAAAGAAAGUUAAAAUCUAAAAGUAAUAUCAGUGAUAGAAGCAGUUCAGAUUGUGGAAUCGAUGAAAGUAAUCGACCACAUCCACCACUAAUAGCUAAAUUGAGAAAUGGAGUUAAACUACAAUUACCGAGUAGAUUUGAUGGAGAUGGUAAAAAUUUAUACGAAGGAUUGAAACGUGCGCAAAGGUUAAGGCUAGAUGAUCAGAGGGGAAUAGAAAUAAAUUUUGAGCUUCCGGAGUUUUUAAAAAAUAAAGAAAAUGGGAAGUCCUUGGAUGACAAGAAACGUCGUAAAUCACGUGUCACUUCGGGAAAUAACGAAUAUAGCAAGUUUUAUGAUUCUGAAGAGGGGAGACCUAUUUUAGAAAGAUGUUUUGACAGUUCAAGUAGCCUAGAUGAUACCAUAAUUGAUACUGACAAAACUAUUGUCGAAAAUGGAAAUUAUCAACUAGAUUCGACAAAAAUGUGCAAUCAGAAUCUUCCAAAAAUCUCACCGACAAAACUAUCCAAACCUCCGCCACUCCCACCGAAACCAAAGAGUUUAUCGAAUUCUUUGCGAAAUAACGUUUUGCCCUUAAGACCGUUUCAACGAGUUGUUAAUUAUGAUAAAAAAACAAUUUGACGAAUUUAAAGAAUUAUAAAGCUAAUUAAA